CCCGUAACCCCGCCCCCUCUCGGUUUAACGGACGCACACACACUCGCCGCUCCUACUGCUGGAACAUUACAAGCGCGCGACUGUUGUUGUUGUUUUAUAUUGUUUAUAUUCGUUUACCGGACGAUCGCGUGCAGCACGGAAUAACGGUCGCCGCGCCCAGGAGCACAGCAUUGAUCUUAAAGAGGCAGAUUAUCCCUCAGCAAUCUGUUCACCUGUGUUCAGUCCACUGCACUUUAUAUACUCAACAGCUUUGUGUGGGUUUGUUCAGCUGAAGUUUUGGAGUAAAAACGCUGUCAGACGAGAGCAGGGAGGAAACACAACCCUGUCACAAUGCUUAUUUGACAAAUGCCUGAGGGCCAAUUAGGCGAGCUGAUGAUGAAGAUGACGAGUGAGCUCUGCCAUAGUGUCUGAUGGUUUGGUAAUAAUGGACGUCCCCAAUGGCCAGCCCAGCAUCUCCACCUUCACGACCCCAGCAUCAGAGAGGAGCAGCAGUUCAGAGUCCCUCAGUGAAAAGGGCCCUUCAGAGCUCAAGAGUUUUGAUGCUGUGGUCUUUGACGUGCUGAAGGUCACACCAGAGGAAUAUGCGGGUCAGAUCACUCUUAUGGACGCUCCAGUGUUCAAAGCUAUCCAACCUGAGGAGCUUUCAAGUUGUGGCUGGAACAAGAAGGAAAAGCACAGUUCAUCUCCAAAUGCUGUAGCCUUCACACGCCGUUUCAACCAGGUGAGUUUCUGGGUGGUGAGGGAGAUUCUUCAUGCACAAACUUUAAAGAUCAGAGCUGAAGUGUUGAGCCUCUACAUCAGAACAGCAAAGAAACUGUGUGACAUGAACAGUCUCCAUGCGGUGAUGGCGGUGGUCUCUGCAUUACAAAGCGCUCCUAUCUUUAGACUCGCUAAGACCUGGGCACUUUUGAGUCGGAAGGACAAGGCCACGUUUGAACGGUUGGAGUAUCUGAUGUCUAAAGAAGACAACUACAAACGCUUGAGAGAUUAUAUCAGCAGCCAGAGCAUGACAUCCUGCAUCCCAUAUCUCGGUAUCUAUCUAUCUGAUUUAACCUACAUUGAUUCAGCAUAUCCCUCCACCGGCAGCAUUCUGGAAAACGAGCAGCGCUCAAACCUCAUGAACAACAUACUGAGAAUCAUCUCAGACCUGCAGCGAUCCUGUGAAUAUGAUAUUCCAGUAUUGGUGCAUGUGCAGAAGUAUCUAAAUUCUGUUCGGUACAUUGAGGAGCUACAGAAGUUUGUUGAGGAUGACAAUUAUAAGUUGUCUCUGAAGAUUGAGCCACCAGCUACCAGCACACCUCGCACCACUGCCUCUAGAGAAGAUCUCACAGGUCCGGACACAUCUGCUUCACCGUUAUGUGGACGUCGAGGUAAUCUUGCUGAGGGUGCCCUGCCUAAAGUCCCACCCACGCCACCUUCACCCCGAAACCUCAUCACCUAUGGACACAGGAAGUGCCAUAGCCUCGGCUACAAUUUUAUUCACAAAACAAACACGGCGGAGUUUAAAAGUGCAACGUUCCCCAACGCUGGGUCCAGACACCUGCUAGAUGACAGCGUGCUGGAAAGUCACACACCCACUCGAGGGCAUGCAGAGAGCUCAACACUAUCGAGCGGCAUUUCACUGGGAAGCAGUGAAGGGUCGGAGCUCAGCGAGGAGAUGUCUUGGCCUGCUUUUGAGAGGACUCGGUUCUAUCACUCUCUGGGCCCAGUCAGCAGAGUGGGUCGCAUGUCCUACAGAGGAGCACUCAGACCCAGCAGCUCUGCUGAGUCUGAGGAGCUGGCGGUGCAUCUGUACCCAGGGGCUGUCACAGUUCAGGGGGUCCUACGCAGAAAAACUAUCCUCAAAGAGGGAAAGAAACCCACGGUGGCAGCGUGGACCAAGUACUGGGUGGCUCUUGGCGGUACUCAUCUUUACUAUUAUACUGCCAAGUCCCUCAAAGCCACAGAGAGGAAGCAUUUUAAGUCUACUGCCAGCAAAACGGUUCCCGUUGUGGGCUUAAUGACCAUGAUGGCAGAUGACCCGGAGCAUCCCGACGUCUUCCUGCUGACCGACUCUGAGCACGGAAACUCGUAUAAGUUCCAGGCGGGGAACAGAAUGAACGCUUUACUGUGGUUCAAACAUUUGAGCGCGGCAUGUCAAAGCAACAGGCAACAGGUCCCAGCAAAUCUAAUGUCCUUUGAAUGAGUGAGACCAGGACCAAUCAAGGACAUGGAGAGCUGAUGAACGGCUGGAUGAAUAAGAGCAGAGGAAUAGAAGGAUUAGCAGGGGGAGGUGGAGAGGCCUGAGACGAAUAAAAGAGCUAAAGACUCCCGUGUUUUAUGUGUUGGAGCUUUUCCACUGCCAUCACCCAGCCUGAGCCCCUCAGCAAGCUCUCUAACACCACUGCCUUAACAAGCAGAAUAUGUGUGUAUGUGUGUGCGCGCGUGUGUGUGUGAAAGAGAUGGAUUUCCCUAGCAGCAGUGUUUUCCUCUCCACUGGCAUCUCAGAGGACCUCAUUCAUUUUAGGUUUUUAUUUACACUUCCUCCAUCAUCCAAAGUGAGGAACUCUCAUGAGAGCAUUCCUGUAACUGUGAGCACCUCAGUCUUGGAUUCUUCAUAGACCUCUUGCCACUGUUUUUUUGUUUUCCUUCCUUUUAAUCUGAUCAACACUUCCUACCCUAAAACUUUCCACAUCAGCUCUAGGAAAUCUCUGCAGAUGGCCAACUCUAACAUGCGGACACGUAACAGCACAAUCGAUGCCGAUUGUCUAUUUGCACACUUGAGUUAGACUCACGUAAGCAUGACACGAGAUUCUUCACAAGCAGGAAAUGAAAGUCCCUCGCUUAUUAAAAUGCGAUUUCGAACCAGAAAAAGGGCUCCGAUUUUCAAUGAAUUCCAGAUGAAAGGAAACCGCUUUCUUUAUUAAUUUCCCUGAUUGUCGUCUUCAGAGUUUUUCCUACCAGCGUCUGAUCUUUUAUGGAUUCUGUAACUUUGCUGAAAGGCACCUGAAAUUUACCAAACAAUGGGGGGUAGCAAGAAGAGAAAAGGAAGUGCUCGCCACGAUGAGAUGUUUGAAGGCACUCUCCAGGGCACCCAUGUCAUGUUCGGAUCUUCACAGCAUGAGCAAACUCAUCCAACUUCAAAGAAACUGAAAGAAGCCCACCGGUUACCCGAGUUCAAACAUCUCAAAUCUACCCUUUUCUGAUUUUGUCCGCGAGGAGAUGCGUACAUACACAAACACACUUUUAAAGUCACUUGAAAGCUGUGAAUGUUAAUGGGUGCAACACAGUCAGUAGGUUUACAUCUCCAAAAUUGUAUUGGUCCCAAUAAGUUUCGUUUUUUCAGUGUAUGAAUGCUUCUCUAUUUGAAAUAGUGGGGACGGCGGGUGAAUAAGCAGGUGGUGUGCGUGUGUGUGUGUCCAGCAUUAAUAUCCCACACUGCCAGUGUGGUACAUUAUUGAUUUUGUUUUAUUUUAUGUGGUUUUGCUUCAUUUUAUUAUAUUUUAUUAUUUUAUUUCAGUAUUACUGGGAUAGUUGCACAUGUCUAGAUUAUUUUAAUUGUCUGUUACAUUAACGUUUCAUUCAUUUGUCUUGUCAUAUUCAUUUUGAAAGUAACGCCUCAUGCAUGAUUUUAAAACGGUGUGGACGUUUUCUUUCGUCGUUUGCUAUCGUGAGAGAACAGUUGAUGGGCGGUUUGACACACAUUUUUUUGCUUUCAGGUCACACGACCCAAAUUGUGUAUACCUGUAUGUAUGUUUGCUCCAGCUCUAUACAUUUCUGGGAGAUUCGAGUUGAAUAGCAUUACCGUUCGGCAGAGGACCACUUAUAAGAAGUUUUGUCUACAGGAUGUCUCAGGAUGUUCGAUAAGAUUGGGUCCAUCAUUUUUUUUCUCCAAACCAGUUUCUUUGGGAUUUCAUUUUUUUUAAGCUUGACUCUGGAAAUAAUUCCAGGUUCAAAUUUCUGUUUCCAACAUACUGUGAGCAAGAACGAUCUUGGGCAAUAAAGGACAAGAAUCCAAUUUUGCCUAAAUGAUUGUAGACACUUUUUUCAAAGUGUAAAAGUUCUGUGGUGUCGUCGUUUCACUGGUUUUUACAUAACAGAAUUAACUUGAAAUUAAUAGAUGAGAAGACAAGUUGAUAUCCAAAAAUAUGGUUUAAAAUCAGAUUUGUGUGCGUUGACCAUGAAUUUGUUAAUGCUCGGUUGUUUUAAACCCAGUGUUGGGUCAAAAAUAAACAUUUUCUGGAUUAAUUUAAGCCAAAGGCUGUUGAAAAAACUAGCAUUUUUCGAGUGUUCCAUCAUAUCUAUUUGUUUUCAUCAUUUGUUGUGGUUUUGCAUGGGACACAGGCGGUUGUGAAAUUAGGGACAAGGGUGAUAAUUUGAUUUUGAGGUAGAAGAAAAUAAAAGGUUUCUUUUCAUAUUUCUAAAACUAUAUUUUUGUAAUGACACUUUUAUGGUGUCUCUAAUCUAAAACGCAAGACUAAUGCAUUUAAUAUUAGGUGGUGUGUAUAGCACAGGCAAUACUGAAACAUUAAGGAAUGCUGUUAUCUGGGGUAGUUUUUGUUUACAUACAUUUGUAUUGUACUGAGCCUUUCAGGUAUUAGCACUUUGGGUUGGGAGAAAGCUCUGGAAGAAAUGAAUUCUGGGAGAAGGGUUUAGCUCAGCUGCCUGUAAGAGACAAAUUUAAAGAUGUUGGUGUUUUCCAGGUUCAAAAAAGCUGUGAAAGUGAAUCAAAUCGAGACACGUUUAAUUGGAAACUUUAUGUUGGUUAAUCGUUUACAUGGUUCAUGGAUGUCUGCGAUGCCCGGUUUGCCCGAGGGCUGGUUUGCCAUAACUGUUACGGUGGCACAGAGAGGUUUGUUUCUAGAUAGUAUCUAAAGGUGCGUGACCAUGCAGUUACACACACAAUAAGUAAAUAAGAAGGUUCUAGAUGUAAGGUAUAUUUUUAAUAUGUUAUAAUGAUUGGUAGAGUGCCUGUAUGCUCAUAAACAUCACAUCAGACAUUUUACUGAUAUGAUUUAUGCAUCUUGACGUCCCCAAAAUUUUCCACAGGGGCAAAAUAAAUUACAAUGCUAUGCUACUCUUCAUCCAUUGCAGAUUUCUCUUUCUGAAAUGUUUUUUUUUUACUUUUGGGAAAAAUGUUUUUGGACAAUAAUCUGAUCAGGUUUUACCCUUGGAUUAUUCUCCUGUUUAUCUUUUUUUUUUUCACACUACAUCUCAUUGCAUUUUUGUUUCUGAUAUUGAUAUUGUUUUAAUAAAACUGUCCAGACAUUUGUUUAAUAGAGGUUCAUUUCUGUUUUGUGGUGAAAAAGGUUUUCAAUGGGGACAGUGAUGUUUUUGUCGAUGAUUUUGCUAUUUGUUUCUUCUGUAUCUCCAAUACAAUGCACCAUGCAAUUUUAUUGUCUUUUUAUAUACCAUAUCAUACAGUUCACAUACAAACCCACACCUGAGAUGUUGAGAUAUGGACUCCUCAUCCUCCCUGCAGGCUUUUUCACCUUGAGCUCCACUGCAUUACUUUAAGUGGUGCUGUAUUACAAAGAACUGAUGUUGAUUUGUAACGAGAUGAAUUUAUUUGUGUGUGCGUGCGUGUGUCUCACACUGUGCCAUCCUGUUUCACCUGCUCUUACCCACUUUAUAUUUAUCCUGUCCAACCCCGUGAUCACUGGGGCUGUUGACCCAUGACAGCGCUAUGACCUUUGACCUGAGUGAUGCACUUCUGGGUCCCAGACAGGGCAAAACGAACUAAUAAACACUUUUGGUUGUAUGUUUUUAA